AUGUCAAACAACUCAGCGCCAAUCCAGGAUCCAGAUGAUGAGGAAUACAACUCUGCUGAAGAUGAAGAUUUCCAGCUAGAUGUGGCACAGGACGACUCCGACCUAUCCUCCGAUGCUGACGAGACCGCGGAACCAGCAAAGAAGAAGCGGAAGACAACUACGAAAUCUCAGAUACCAGAGGACAAGGAACUCGAUUCUGGAGAUGAAGCCACAAUCCGCAAAGCGAAAGAGAAGAAAGACAAGAAGCGCAAAGGAAAGAAGUCCAAAGGCAAACGCGCGCGCGACAGCGAUGAGGACGAUGACAUUGAUCUUGAUGACGAUGAAGGAGGAUCUGGGGGCUUUGUGCGAACGCGCGCAAUGAAAAAGCACACGCGAGAAGAGGAAGCGGAACGCAAACCUCUUGCCCAGAUCGAGGGCGCGACCGUUGAUGUGAACGCCCUGUGGGAACAGAUGAACGCCCCUGACAGCAAGCUUGGUUUACAGCCAUCCCAAAUCCCCGAAGCCGAUCCUACACCCGAACCCAACCCAACCACGAGUACAGAAGCGCAGGACCAGAAUAUCACGGAUACGGAAGUCAAGUCAAGUCAUGAACAGCACGCCGAUCAGAUGAUCAAGAUCAAGCGGACCUACAAGUUUGCCGGAGAAUGGAUCACAGAGGAGAAGGUGGUACCCAAACACUCAGCAGAGGCUAAGGCGUUCUUAUCGAGUGGGGAGAAUGUCGAGUAUGCCGAUGCCGAUGAUAUCGCGACAGCGAAAGCCGCCCUAAACCUACGCCGACCCCUUCGCAAGAUCUCUAGGUUCGACCCCAACCCAACAGGCACGAUCAAGAAAAGCUGGGAGAAGCAGCUCGUUCCAGAGGACAACGAUGCGCGCGGACCCAAAAUCAAUACGGUGGAGAAAUCGAGGCUCGACUGGGCCAAUUAUGUCGACCAGGCGGGUAUCAAAGACGAGCUUCGUACCCACAGCAAAGCCAAGGAGGGCUAUAUGGGCCGUAUGGAUUUCCUGGGUCGCAUGGAAGACAAGCGGGAGGAAGAGAGGCGCGCCGCACGACUCAAGGGCAUGUGA